CAGCUAUUUUUCAGCUUUUCUGGAGGAAUACAAAGUUCUCUUUCCUUAAGACAAAUGAGCAUUCCAAAAGGUUUGGGCUACCUGACCAUUAUGGCACCAAGAAACCUCUUGUAUAUGAGAAGUAACCUUUUUGGUUCAAGAUGUUGGAUGAUCCGAUUUUCAGCAGAAAUCCUCUUUAAAUCAGUUUCAUUUAGGCUUUUCAGUAUGAAAUGUGAUAAUGCAGACAGUGAACCUUUGGAAAAUGAAGAGCUGCUGAAUAACUUACUUACUAUGGGAGUAGAUGUUGACAUGGCAAAGAAACGACAGCCUGGAGUUUUUAAUAGGAGAGGUACUAAUGAGCAGAACCUGAAGACAUUCCUUCUGUCUAAAGGAGCUAGCAAAGAAGUGAUUGCUAGCAUCAUAUCAAGAUAUCCACGAGCCAUGAUACGCACACCUGAAAGUCUUUCAAAUCGGUGGGAUCUGUGGAGAAGAAUUGUGACAUCAGACCUUGAAAUUGUAGCUAUUUUGGAACGUUCUCCUGAAUCCUUUUUUCGGUCCAGUAACAACCUAAACUUAGAGAAAAAUAUAGAGUUCCUCUACUCAGUUGGAUUGACCCAUAAAUGCCUUUGUCGAUUGUUGACCAGUGCCCCACGUACCUUCUCCAAUACUCUUGAGCUGAAUAAACAGAUGAUUGAAUUUUUGCAAGAAGUCUGUUUGUCUUUGGGUCACAAUGAUCCCACAGGUUUUGUCAGGAAGAUAAUUUUUAAAAACCCUUUCAUCUUAAUUCAGAGCACCAAACGGGUAAAAACUAAUAUUGAAUUUUUACAGUCAGCUUUCAACUUGAACAAUGAACAGCUGCUUGUUUUGAUACAUGGUCCAGGAGCUAAAAUCCUAGACCUUUCCAAUGAUUGUAUGAGAAGAAACUACACAAAUAUCAAAGAAAGACUGUUUUCUCUUGGGUGUACUGCAGAAGAGAUACGGAAGUUUGUUUUAAGCUGUCCAGAUGUGAUCUUCUUGGGAGAGAAAAAGUUUAGUGAUAAAAUAGACUGCCUCAUAGAAGAAAAAAUUAGCAUUUCACAAAUAAUUGAAAAUCCUCGGAUUUUGGAUUCAAGCAUAAGCACUUUAAAAAGUCGAAUCAGAGAAUUGGUAAAUGCUGGCUAUAACUUGAGUACAUCAAACAUCAGUCUUCUGUCUUGGAGUCAAAAAAGAUAUAAUGCUAAAUUGAAAAACUUAAACACUGGACAGAAAGUUGUUCUGGGGAAUUAAGCAAAAGUCAGUCUUAUAAUGUAGUGACAUAAUUUCAUUUUGAAUUUGGACCUUUCAAAAAGGAGGUUUGUUUUCUUAACCACAUAUACAUAUAUAAUGUUUCUUUGGAUAUUUUAGUUUAAAGGUUCAUAAAAACUCAUGAUCAUUAUGCCCUGGUAUAGUCUUCCCAGCUACCUUUUCUGUAGUUUGAAUUAGUACAACACCCAAUUUUAUGGUAUAGGCUGUGGCUUUUGUAUGAAUGGUAGUUGCUGAGUGCUAUGGCAGAACAAUGUGUAAAAAGAAAGUACAGAAUAAGCCUUUUUGGUUUCUGUUCAGAUUUGAAAAUUGACAGAUUCAUUUAGAUAGUUCUAUUUCCUAUCAUGGUUUUGAAUGGCAACCUAUUUCUCCUAUUCCAUGUAUCUAAUUAUGGUUCAUCUUCAAAAUAGAAUGUAAGAAUAUGACAACAAAAAGGAGGAAUUUUUCAUCCCAAAUUCUACGUACUCUAUUUAAACCAUUAGUAUGCCCCACCACUCCUCCAGUUUAGGCUCAAUUUACUAUGGGUAUAUCCUGAUUUCUUUGAAGAUAAGGGCAACUGUUAUAGGCAGAAUAAUGGUUACCCAGAUAUCAAUGUCUUAAUUCCCAGAACCUGUGGAUAUGUUUUGUUACAUUAUAAAAGGACUUUGCAGAUGUAAUUAAGUUAAGGACCUUAAUUUGACGUCCUGAGUUGGGGAGGUUAUCCCGGAUUAUUUGGGUGGGCCCAGUAUAAUCAUAAGGGUCCUUAAAAGUGGAAGAGGGAGGUAAAAGAAGAGGUCAGAGUGAUGCAAUGUAAGAAGGACUUUGACCCACUUUUACUGGCUUUGAAGGAAGAAGGGGACAUGAACCAAGGAAUGCAGGUAGCCUCUAGAAAAUGGAAAAGGCAGGGAAGCAUUCCUCACUAGUGCCUCAGAAAGGAAUGCAGCCGUGCUGAGACCUUGAAUUUAGCCCAGUGAGACCCAUGUCAGACUUCAGACCUACAGAACCAAAAGAUAAUAAACUGGUGGUGUUUUAAGCCACUGAGUUUGUGAUAAUUUGUUACAGCAGCAAACAGACUAAUAUAACAACUAAAUAGAUGAUUAGUUGCAUUUUAGGUGAAGAAGUGUACCUUUAGUAUAGUAUCUGCAUUUCUUCCUCUUAUACUUUUUUUAUCCACCUAUCUUUCUGGAAUGGCUAAUAAGUUAGUGUUUGUAGUUUCCUCUAAAUGUAUGGAUAAAAAACUAAAUGUAAGUAAUAAAAUCUAAAUAAAGGGAUACUUUUGCCUAAUGAGUGUAGUUUAAAGAAAUAAUGAUGGUUUCUGUAUAUUUAUAUUUUGUUGGUGUUUCUGUUAAUGCAAAGAA